GCUGCUGCCAGCUCCGUCUACCAAGAUGGAGGGAGCGCCGCUGUCCGCCCCUCUCCGCCUGCUGCUGCUGCUGCUGCUCCCCUUGCACCCCGCUCCCGGGCGGCUGUUGGCCGGUGCCGCGGAGCCGCCGCCAGCUGCUUCGUUCACCCAGGACACUAUCAAAAUCAAUGUAACUACCCUGGGAGAUGAUGGGGAACUCCAUGAGAAGCAGGUUUUUCUUAAUAUUUUUUAUGAGAAUGGGCAGAUAUAUGUAAAUGACUUCUCCCUAAAGAGUGGAGUAACCCGAAUAAGGGGUGAGACCUUCAUAGUGGAAGAUGAAAAUUCAGAAAACAUGAAGGUCGAGGGAUAUUUUGGAACUGUCAGCGUACGGAUAUUAGUUCAUCAGUGGCCUCUGGCAUCUAGUUCCAGUGUGCAAAUGAUUGCCAUCCAAGAGGAGGUAGUGGAGGUUGAUGGGAAGCAAGCUCAACAAAAGGAUGUGACUGAAGUUGGUAUUUUAGUUAAGAACCAGAGAGUCCAAAGACGUUCUAAUUACACCAUUCCUUUGGAGGAAAGCAUACUGUAUUCUAUUCCCAGAGACAAUGACGUUUUAUUUACACUUCCUAAUCUCUCAAGAAAAGAUAGCCCUAGUCCAUUGCAGACAACCAGUCAGUACCUUAUCAGGAAUGUGGAAACGACCAUAAAUGAAGACUCAUUGCCUGGCAAGUUACCAGAAACUCCACUUAGAGCAGAGCCUCCAUCUUCAUAUAAGGUAAUUUGCCAGUUGAUGGAAGAUUUCAGAAAAUAUAUGUGUAAAUUCUGGAUCAACGUUUUCCCAGUACUUUUUAUGUUUAUGAAUAUCACAGUGCUUGGAAUUAUAGGAGCAGCUAUAGUAAUAGCCAUCUUAAAGGUGCUUUUCCCUAAUUAUGAAUCUAAGGGAAUUCUUCACUUGGAUAAAGUGGGCUACCAUAGGUACUACCCUAUCGACUUCUUAGAGACUACAGAGAAAUCAAAGGAUAAUCUUGAAGAGAAAAUAUGUAUUUAACACAUCCUUAACUCCAUUUUCCCAUUGUAGAAUUUGCUACUUAAUUCAUAAUUUCCAAUCAUUUAAUGAAAAAGUAUAAUUCAAAUAAGAAAUAAAAGUAUGUUGAAAAACAGUGCCAUAACUAAACUUGGCCUUCUAAGAGAGAUUGAAGAAUGAGGAUAAAAUAUUUGAAAUUACCUGACUGGUAAUGUCAGAUAUGACUUCCUAAGAAAUGGGAGAGCAGUAAAAUUAGCCAAACUGAAAAAGAAUAAGCAAAGACUUGAAGUACCUAUGUUUGCAUACCAAAAAAGACUUUAAGCCAAUAAUUCCAGAUGCCUUAUUAUUAAGAAAAUUACACCUAAUUUUUUUAUUGUAGUGUAUGAGGUCUUACUUUAAGCACUUUAUGAAAAGCUAAACUUAAGAGAAACCCCAGAAUUAAACUUUUUAAACUAUCUGACUUGUAUUUUAUAUAACAUUUAUGAUUUUGAUAAAGACCGUUGAGAUACAUUAUUACUUCAUUGUAUCUAUACCAAGGCCACUUAGCAGGAUCCAAAUGGAAUUGUCAAGUGACAUUCUUGCUGCAAAAGAAAUCUCUUGGGGAGGGAAGGGGUUGGGUGUAUACACUUUCUGGGGUGUCAUAGGUCAAAACUUAUGCUGGCAACUCAUUCCCCACAAUAAAAAUCAGUGACAAUAUUACUAAAUUUUAGUAAGCAAAUAAUACAAAGUUUUAAAACAAUCUAGUAGUGAUCUACUUGGUCUUUCUUAGCUAUUUUGACUUUGCUUUUCAAUGCAAUUAACAUAUGAAUGGACUUUAAAUACUAAGUAUAUUUAUUAACACUGGCAUUUCAAUGGAAUACCUGAAAAUGGAACAAGUUAUUUUGAGCCAUAAGAAAGUUUACUUAAGCUUUAAAGAAUAUUAAAUAAAAGCAAUGUUUUAGUGAAAUCUUCAAAGAUGGCAGAGUCUCUGCUUAAGCUCAAAUAUCCAGUUCUAGUUUUAUGGGACCUUGGGAUGUAUUUUGAAGCAAAUUUAUACAUAGAAACUUAUUCUAUAUAUUUAGAAGGGGGAAAUAUAAGAGAAAUCGUUUAACGUUUCAUAACUCAUUUGAUUUGUCAAUUCUAUGUCAUUUAUAGAAUGCCUUGGAUUUAGCUCCCAAAAUAAGCUAAAUAGAUUCUGAAUAAAACUUGGGAAAAUAAGUAUUUACCUGCCCCUACAGCAAAAUUCUACUACUCAGGGACAUGAAAGCAAAACCAGGUAAGACUCCUUAUACUUCUUCAAAUGACUAGUGAAAUAGGCAAAGUAAGGAAAGCCUUCUCCAGCCUGCACAGAAUCCUGCAAGCAGGAGGAAGGGCAGUGUAGGUCCGUGUUUCAAGUUAUUUCCCCUUUGGUUUACCUAAAUGAACAAAACAGUUCUUAAAAGUUAUAUCCAUGAGCAAAUGAGCCUGAGGUCACAGCUGGCUCCAUCACUACUUAGAUUGAAAAGUGGCUGGCUCAGGUUUUUUCCUGUAUUAAUAGAUGAAAUAAUGAAAAAAUAGGUGCCAUCUCUAAGUGUAUAUGAAGUUAUGGCCUAAAAUAAGUGUUAAUUAUGAAAUACUUUUAAGUAAAAAAGAUUUAAUGCAAAAGUAACAAACUGAGUCGAAUUUCCCUGCAGCUUAAAAAAAUUAUAUUUAUUCAGAAUCAUGAGUUCCUUUUAUAAUUAUCAUUAUGAAAGUUUAAAAAAAUAUAGCACUCAGUGCAAUGAAAUACUACUUUUCAUUACUAUUGAAACAACAUAAGGCAGGUUUCUCACAGUUUACUUUAAAAAAGAAUUUAGCAUGAUCCAAAUUCGUAUAUCCAUUUUUCAUAUCUUUCAAUGUCCGCAGCAGAUACUGAUUUAGAAACCUUUUUUAAAGCCAUUCCAAAGUCCUCCAUAGUUGUAGGCAUAUGCAUUUCAUCUCUGGAAAGAUUUCUGAUUUCUUCAGGUGUCAAACCUUCAAUGCGCCUCCUCAUGGCCAUCAGGGAUGCAUCUCUUCAUUUUAAAGAAAAAAAUCAAAGGUUAAAUCUUUCACAUGUCACAAGGGUCUGGCUAUAUGACCUUACUACCUGUGCAAUAGAGUUGUAUGAUAUACAUGUUUCCUUUACUUGAAAUGCUUCUGUACUAUGCCAAAUGACAAUUCCUAUCUUAAGGCCCAGUUCAAAUAACACCUCCUCUACAAAGCUGUCCCUAAUCUUCCCAAGAUGGAAGCUCUCUCCUGAUUCUUGAAGCACUUUUUUGGGUGUGUAUUUCCUAAGCACUUGUGUUCUAUUUUGUAUUAUAAUUAUUGGUAUAUGUGUCAUUUAUACCUACUAGACUGUAAGCUCCUGGACUGGAGGGCAAGGACCCUGUUUUUUAAUCUUUGUCUCCCCCUUGGCCUAACACAGAAUAGCCACUUAAUAAAUGUUUGUUGAAUAACUGAAAAA